AUGCAUUGGGAUACAACUGUUAAACUUGCUGAGAAUAUGACUCUCGAGUGUAUCUACCCAGCCAAAGGCUUCUUAACCCAGACGGAGUGGUUCAAGAUCAAGUCAGGCCAGAGAGAAUCCAUAGCCAUCUAUAACCCGGACAUUGGUGUCCUCAUUAGGGAUCAGUAUGAAGGCAGGGUGUCCUUUUUGAAUUCCACUGAAUCUCGCAAUGAUAUCACCCUGUACUUUCAUAAUGCCUCUGGAGCUGAUGUUGGCUACUAUAGCUGCUUUCUUCACACUUUUCCUUAUGGACACUGGGAAAAGUUGGUCCGGGUGGUUGCAACAGAUGGCUUUGAGAUUGUGGAAUCACCUGAAAAACAGGUGGUUUCGACAACUGGAAAAAAUAUCACACUCACCUGUCCUCUGCCUGUGGAUUCACCAAUAGAAAGGAUUACCUGGGAAAAGAUACAACCUCAUCAGAUCGAUCUCCUGUCAAAAUGUGACCUACCCCUAGGGCAAAGUGAUGCUUCUAAGUUCCACAGAGAGAUCUGGAGUUCCUGCUCUAAAGACAUGCCAGUGAGCAUCAUUAUCCUGUACCAGGUUCUGGUCUCUGACUCUGCAAUUUACCAGUGUGAAUUCCAGACCUUGAAAGCACAAAAUGCAAGCUGUCUGAUAAAACUGACGGUCAAUUCUGAUGACCAUGAUAGCCUAUAUAUUCUCUUCAUUGUUGGAGGGAUAAUAAUAUUGUUGGUACUGAUUAGCCUAAUUUCAAUGGCCAUUUUCUUUUUCUAUAAGAAGACCACGACAAAAUGA